AAGAGAACAGCUGUUCAGUAUUACCCUUUUCCUUAAUUUUUUUGGUCACACUAGCUCGGUAGCCAAAUAAAGAGCGAUUUCGCUAGCACAUGAAAAUUAUGGCUGUCCAACUUUCGGCCCGCGAGGAUAAGCUGAAGUUAAUCAGUGCGAUCAGGGCGAGGCCCAUAAUAUGGGAUUUGACCCACGAGUUGCAUUUUAAUUACACAAGCCUAAAUAAUGCCUGGGAGGCUGUUGCCGCGGAGUUACGGAAAGACGUAAAAGAUUGCAAACGCGCAUGGAAAUCGUUGCGGGCCUGCAUGCGUUACCACCAGAAGAUCUCCAGAAAAAAAAAACCAAGUGGAAGUGCUGGAGGGUCUGUUGUUCCCGGUCCGAAGGCGAGUGACGAUUAUGAUUGGGACUUUGCGUCAGAAAUGGCUUUUUUGUCGGACCUCUCGGAAAAAAGGCGACACAGAACGACCACGCUACCAAAACCACCAGAGGCGUCAACGUCUUCCGAAAUUUCCGAGGACCCACUCAAUUUUGCUGACGACGAAAGUCAACCGAGUAGCUCAUUCGACCAGAGCAUGUUGGAGGAGGAAGAGCUACAGCAGCAGAAGGGAAUAGAGGACAUGGAGAAGGAGAGUUCCAGCUCAUAUUCCUAUAAGCCAUCAACUAAGAAGCACAAGACUGCGGCGGCUGAGAGCUGUGUCCUAACACAGAUAUUUACGGAGUACGUUGACUUGCAGAAGGCCAUAGUAUCACAGACCACAAACGUUCCGUCGUUGGUCACCUACUGGGCCGAAAUAAUGAAAGAGCUGCCGCAAAAACUGAAAGAUGAAGCGGAAGAGCGUGUAACCAAAUUGCUGUGGGAUUUGAGAAAAAGAGCAAAAAACUAUGAAUAAAAUUACUACAUAUUU